AAUCUUCUGCAGCUUAUCCAUUGUGUGAGUAAAAACUAAAUCACAUCCAUAAUUCUACUGAACUGGGCAUACUGAAGCUGCCACAUAUGUCACAGUACACUGAAAAAGAGCCAGCAGCAAUGGAUCAAGAAUCCGGCAAGGCUGCUUGGCCCAAACCAGCAGGAGGAUAUCAGACAAUUACAGGCAGGAGAUAUGGAAGGAGACAUGCAUAUGUCAGUUUUAAACCAUGUAUGACCAGGCAUGAAAGAAGCUUAGGUCGGGCUGGUGAUGACUAUGAAGUGUUGGAACUAGAUGAUGUUCCAAAGGAAAAUUCCUCUGGUUCCAGUCCAUUGGAUCAAGUUCAUUUUUCUUUACCCAAUGAACCUAUAUUUGAAAAAAGUGAAACAGAAAUUCCUGCUUGUGAUACAGCAUUGAAUCAAACCAUUGAGAGCAGUCCUUCCUUUGCUGCAGUACAUCAUAGUGAGGAAGACAGGGAGACAUUAGGAAGCAAUAUGAAUCUUCAUAAUCACUCUGAGGGAGAGUAUACUCCAGGAGCUUGUAAUGCUUCAAGUGUCCAAAAUGGAAUUGCAUUGGCUCAGACUGACUCUUUUGAUCCAGAUGGCAAACAUGGAGAGGAGAAUGACCGUCUUCAACUUUCUGCAGAAGUUGUAGAAGGUGGUAGAUAUCAGGAAGCAUUAGGCAAUACAGUAUUUGAGUUGGAAAAUGGAGAGGCAGAGGCAUACACUGGUCUUUCACCACCAGUUCCCUCUUUUAACUGUGAAAUAAGAGAUGAGUUUGAAGAGUUAGAUUCAGCACCUUUAAUGAAAAAUGCUACUGAUAAUACUGAGUGUAUCCAUCAGAACAACCAGGAAUUUCAGAGGUCUUCUUCCGAAGAUGAAGUUGUUAGAAAGAAGCAACAAAAUAAUACUAGCCAGGAAAGACAGACAGAAAAUUCAGCAAAAAAUGCAGUCUGUGUACUGGAGCAUAAAUGUAGUGAACAAAGUGCCAGUGGUAGGGACAACAACCGUGGAAGUUCUCCUGAACAGGUAGUGAGGCCAAAAGUUAGAAAACUGAUAAGUUCAAGCCAGGUGGACCAAGAAACAGGUUUUAGUAGGCAUGAUGUUAAACAAAGAAGUGUUCAGAGAUGGAGGGAGGCUUUGGAAGUCGAGGAAAGCGGCUCAGAUGAUCUCUUAAUAAAAUGUGAAGAAUAUGAUGGAGAACAUGACUGUAUGUUCUUGGAUCUACCUUUUGCAAGAGUUACAGAAAGCGAAACAGAAAAUGACCGAAUAGCACCAGUAAGUGGAGCCACAGCAGGAAGGCAAGAAGUUGUGGAUAACAGCUUCUGGAAUGGCUGUGGAGAUUAUUACCAACUCUAUGACAAAGAUGAAGAUAGUUCAGAAUGCAGUGAUGGGGAAUGGUCUGCUUCUUUAGCGCAUCGAUUUUCUGGUACAGAAAAAGAUCAGUCCUCCAGUGAUGAAAGCUGGGAGACUCUGCCAGGAAAAGAUGAGAAUGAACCUGAGCUACAGAGUGAUAGCAGUGGCCCUGAAGAAGAAAACCAGGAAUUAUCUCUUCAGGAAGGGGAACAGACAUCCUUGGAAGAGGGAGAAAUACCUUGGUUACAGUACAAUGAAGUCAACGAGAGCAGCAGUGAUGAGGGAAAUGAACCUGCCAAUGAAUUUGCACAGCCAGAAGCUUUCAUGUUGGAUGGUAACAAUAACCUUGAGGAUGACUCCAGUGUCAGUGAAGACUUAGAUGUGGACUGGAGCCUGUUUGAUGGCUUUGCAGAUGGACUAGGAGUUGCUGAAGCUAUUUCUUAUGUGGAUCCUCAGUUCCUCACCUACAUGGCACUAGAAGAACGCUUAGCCCAGGCUAUGGAGACUGCCCUGGCACAUUUAGAGUCUCUUGCAGUGGAUGUUGAGGUGGCGAAUCCACCAGCCAGUAAGGAAAGCAUUGAUGGUCUUCCAGAGACCCUUGUUCUUGAAGAUCACACUGCUAUUGGUCAGGAGCAGUGCUGUCCAAUCUGUUGCAGUGAGUAUAUUAAGGAUGAUAUAGCAACAGAGUUGCCCUGUCACCAUUUCUUUCACAAACCUUGCGUAUCAAUUUGGUUACAAAAGUCGGGAACAUGCCCUGUGUGCCGCCGUCAUUUCCCACCUGCAGUUAUCGAAGCUCCUGCAGCUGCUUCCUCCGAGCCUGAUCCUGAUGCCCCACCUUCAGAUGACACUACUGCAGAAGCCCCCUAAACCUUAACAGCUGAAAUGAGAUCAGUCUAUCAAAGUAAAUCUGAAAAUUCCUUCUAACUCUGAUGUGCAAAUAAUUAUAUAUAAAUAUAUUUAAAAUGCUAUAUGUAGUAUAUUCCAUAGUUUAGAAAGAGGAUAUUAACCUUUCUAAACUAAAUUUAGGUUUGCAGAAAGUACUAAACAUUUUCAAGCUGAAUGUUGAAGCAGUGCAUCCAUUUUCUUUAGUUGAAUAUGUUGGCAUUAAUUGUAAAGUCAAGCUUAUCAGUUAACUCUCUCCAGAAGACAUAAUCACCUUUGUGGCACACAUAUUGGUUUUGUCUAAAGUACUGCCACUAAGUGAUUAUAAUUAAGCUUACCUAUUUGCAUCAAAUGUGAAGACUGUGGUCACAACAGUAGUAAAAUUUGGUUUCAUUGGAAAUAAAAUGAAUUCUAAAGCAUGCUUCUUCACUGGUCCCUUUGCUUUUGCUACAUCAAAUAACCUCUUGGUUCAUAAUACCGAGAAGUUAUUUAGAAAGGUGUCUAGUUUUCCAUCUUGUUUAUGAUUAGGACUUUUUGGAAUGCCAAACAAAGACUAAAAUUUUGGCCAGAACAUCACAAAAUUUUUAAAUCUUAAAUUUCAUGCCCCUGAAAUAGGUAGUAAAUGAAUUAUUUAAUAAAACAGUGGAUGUGCUUAAAGUAAGGUUUGAAAAGCAUAUGAAAAGUCUGGUGUACUUAGUACUUGGUACACUAGAUGAAUUAGAUGGCCUUAUGAAACCUUUUCUGAGCUCUUAUCAAACCUGUUUCUACUUGGUUAAAAUUAUACUUGAAGGUCCAGAACACUUAUGGCACUCUUGUUUAAUAAGUAGCAGAUACAGUUACUUUAAGGUAAUUUUGGUUCUGAAAUAUUUUGGAAAGUCUGGAAACUCGUGCAGGGUCAUCUUUGUAAUUAUAUAACGCCAAACUAAGAUUGCACAGCUUCUCCUUUAGAUGAUCACACGGUAGACAAAUAUGUAGAACCAGGGGUGUAAUAGUUCACUUACAGAUGUGAUUUGAUAUCAGCACUAAAGAACGAUGGCUGUUAGAAUAUCAUAUUUGAGCAAGUAAAAUUGUAAAGCAUAUAGUGAAUGUACAUCCCUCCAAGUGGUCCAUCAGUAAUUUAGUUUGGACACACAAAAGGAAUAUUUAUAUGGCUGCCCAAAUGAAGAAUUACAUUUUAUUUGUGUAAUUUUUCUAAGUAUUUAUAUUCUCUUUUUUCCAUCCUUUAAAUUAAUUUUCACUGUUGGCACAUUUGAGGCUUAAAUAUAAGGAACAUAACACUUGCAUUCUAAUUUUUGCAUAUAUUGUAAAUGUGUCUGGUAUUUACAGCAAAAUACUGUGUAUCCUUUUAUGGGUAAAACAAAAGUGAACAUUGCAUGCAUGUAAUGUGAAGAACUUGUAAUUUAGGGGUUCUUUGGGGCUUCUGUGACUUUGGAAAUGCUUACAUUCAGGCCUUAAUGUUGCAUUAACUAGCAUGUUUUCCUUCUGAUGUAUAUAGUCACUGUUGUAUAAACUAAUCUUUGCUUGUUUUCUACUCUGUGAUCUUUCCAUACCACAUUUCACUGAUGAUCAGUUAGUGUCGAGGAGUCAGAUCAGAUUAAAAUUAAUUCUCAUGUGUAUAUUGUGGAUAUUCGUGGCUAGUGUGAUUUUUUUUUUUUGUUUCCUCUUAAGUAAUGUUGAUCAGUUGUGACACUGGUUAAAUUCACAUUGCUACAGGUUUUUCUGUAAUCAUCCACACAUUAUAUUUAGACAGUAUUAGACCUUGGUUUUUUCCCUCCUGGAUAGCAGCUGUCCCAAAGAAAAUAUUUCUUCUUUGCCUGUUAUAAUGUAGCUAUUAUCUCUGCCAGUUGUUAAGAGGCUUUGGUUCCAAACUUAACCAGCAGUGUUGAGAGCUGAACUUAAGAUAGCUGUUGUACUUUUUGCUUUCCAUCUGUUACUGUCCUUCAUUCUUGGCUCCCUACUAUCUUAAACAGCUGCUAUAAAGGAGAAAAGUAGAAUUAAAAAGUCAGCUUAAACGAAAAAGAAAAUUGAGGUUUUAGGAUUUUCAUGGUUACAAGCUGGUAGAAACUGAGGCUGACAAGUUCAGACACCAAAAUAUUAUUUGAUCAUAUCUUGGAUCAUUUUGAAAAAGUUAAGAAUAUAUGAAGGUAAAUUAGAAAUAAGUAUGAAUAUUAAUAAAUGUCAUUUACCUUAUUUCUCUAUUUUAUGUUGCGAUGACCUAAUAAUUUUAUUUUUUUAAACAUUUUCCUAUUUCGUGUUAUAUGAAUGCUGAUAUUUAAAGAUAGAUCCACAUGGUUUUCUUUUGUGUUUCUUAAUUGUUUAUCUCUAAGCUAACUAAUUCUUAAGAUUAUUUGUGAUCUGUUAUAUAUAAGCUGUUGAAUAUAUAUGAACUGUUGGAAUGGAAUGCAAGUUUUCAAAAGCCCAGGUCUAAAUGUAAUGAUUGGUUUAUUGUUUUACAACCUCAGCCCAUCAUUUUCCAUGUAAAUCAUAAACAAUAAACAGGAUAUACUCGGUGGUCAU